GAUGGCAGAGCCUGACGUAGGCCGGAAUCGUAACCAUGGUAACGGAGGCUUUGGCGGAGGCCUGGAGAAGUAUUCUUGGCAGAGAAGGGGAGCCGCCGAAGCUUCGCCAUCAUGGAUUUGUGCCUGAACCGGGUGGAUUAUCUCCAGGUUGGUGUGACUUCUCAAAAGACCAUGAGAUUGCUUCCUGCUUCAGGACGCAAAGCAACACAGAAGGUUGUAAUUGGAGAUCAUGAUGGUGUUGUUACCUGUUUUGGUAUCAAAAAAGGAGAAUCUGUGCCAGUAUUCAAGACCUUGCCAGGGGAAAAAAUUGCAAGACUCGAACUGGGAGGUGCUCUUAAUACACUUCAGGAGAAAAUUUUUGUGGCUGCAGGAUCUGAGGUUAGAGGUUUCACAAAGAAAGGGAAACAGUUUCUUUCAUUCAAUACGAACCUCACUGAGAACAUCAAAGCUAUGCAUAUAUCUGGAUCAGAUCUCUUUCUUGGGGCAAGCUAUAUUUAUAACCAUUACUGUGACUGUAAGGACCAACACUACUACUUAUCAGGAGAUAAAAUCAAUGAUGUUAUCUGUCUUCCAGUAGAGAAACUGUCUUGCAUUACACCCAUAUUGGCAUGUCAAGACAGAGUUCUUAGAGUUCUGCAGGGGUCAGAUUUACUGUAUGAAAUGGAAGUCCCUGGUCCCCCUUCUGUUUUGGCUUUGAAGAAUGGAAAUGGUGGUGACACUGGUGAAGAGGUUUUAUUUGGAACAUCUGAUGGUAAUAUUGGUCUGGUAGAAAUUACUGGUAUUUCCCCAGUAGAGAAGUGGAAAAUUGGUAAUGAGAAAAAAAGAGGUGGCAUUUUGUGUAUGGACAGCUUUGACAUUUUGGGAGAUGGAGUUAAGGAAUUGCUUAUUGGUCGAGAUGAUGGAAUGCUGGAAGUCUAUGGCUUUGAAAAUUCAAAGAGCCCUGUUCUCAGAUAUGAAUAUGUAAGUUGUUAUGUUGCUUCAACAUCAACAUAUUCAGGAUGGGUGACAGGAUUAACUACAGAGCCUAUCCACCGAGAGUGUGGAUCAGGGGAUGGAUUAAAGCUGUCUCAUGACAUGCAGAACAAGGUUUUAUCCUUAAGGAAUGAAUUGGAACAACUACAGAUCAAGGUGCUUCAAGAGCGUGAAAAAUACCAACAGUCCUCACUAUCCAGCACUGCAGUUUCAACCGUGCCAACAUUUAGUAUAAAUGACAAAUUUACAUUGAAUAGGGAUGAUGCCAGCUACAGCCUUGUUUUAGAGGUCCAGGCAGCAAUUGAUAUUGUCUUGCUACAGUGUGACGUUCCAAUAGACCUAAAGGAUGUAGAUAAAAAUUCAGCUGUGGUUAGUGUUGUUGACUGUGAAUCAGAGCCCAAUGGUAACUUCCUUCUUGCCACUUACCGCUGUCAAGCAAAUACUACAAGGCUUGAACUUAAGAUUCUAUCAAUUGAAGGCCGGUAUGGGACACUGCAAGCAUAUGUGACUCCAAGAGUUCAACCAAAAACCUGUCAAGUCCGACAAUAUCAAAUUAAGCCACUUUCACUUCAUCAAAGGACACACUGUAUUGAUCGUGACAGACCCAUGAAUACUCUGACCCUCAAAGGCCAGUUCAGCUUUGCAGAAGUUCACUCUUGGGUCGUGUUUUGCUUGCCUGAAGUUCCUGAAAAAACACCUGUGGGGGAGAGUGUCAGCUUCUACUUUCAGAACACCUUUUUGGAUACACAACUUGAAUGUACCUACCGGAAAGGGGAAGGAUAUUUCAAAUCUGACAAUAUAUCCACAAUAUCUAUUCUAAAAGAUGUGCUGUCUAAAGAAGCUACUAAAAGGAAAAUUAAUCUUAAUAUAUCAUGUGAUAUAAAUGAGGUAUCUGUGAAUCACACUUUAAAGUUAAUCCAUCCAAAAUUAGAAUAUCAGCUGAUGCUGGCUAAAAAAGUGGAACUAAUAGAUGCUUUAAAAGAGUUACAAGCUCAUGAAGGAAAUACAGACUUCCUGAUUCCAGAAUACCGCAGCAUUUUGGAAGAAGCUGAGCAGCUAACCCAAGAGCACAAGAAACAACCUACAUCACUUGAAAGACUUUAUGGUAUGAUUACAGAUCUAUUCAUAGAUAAAUUUAAAUUUAAAGGCACUAAUGUGAAAACCAAAGUCCCUCUUCUGCUGGAAAUUUUGGGAAGCUAUGAUCAAAACACAUUGCUUGCCUUUUUUGAUAGUGCUUCAUGAGCUGGAAGUAUAGAAAGCAAUAUGAAAUCUCUAAAAUGAAUGUAGAGGAUGCAGAUCAGCAAAUCCAGAUCUUUGUUUACAUCAUUUUAAAUAUAAUAAUAAUUGUUAGUGAAUAAAACUUACAUUUAUUAUGUAUAUAUAUAUAUUAAAAAUGGUAUUUACCAAGAACAUUCCAUACAUAAUAUAUGUGAAAUGUGACUUAAUAACAAUUGGUAGGACUGGCAUAUAUACUCUAAAUACAUUUUACACAACCUUAAUUUUAAAAGGACAUGUAAAAUGUUUUCAGUUCACUAGCUUUUAAAGAGUCUGAUUGUGGAUUCUGAUUGAGCCUAGUAAAAAUUAAGGGUUUUGAAUCUGUAACUACAUGCAUUUUGUGCAAAAGACAAAGACCCAUUCUAAACUGUUAUAUAAAAUCCAGGGUAUCAAAGCAAAUAAUCCACAUUAUCUGCUUUGAACUGGAUUAUAUGAGUUUACACUGCCAUAUAAUCCAGUUCAAAGUAGGUAAUCAGGGUAUUAUUAUUAUUUAUUAAUAUCACACACAACAAACAUUUACAGAAAACAUACAGUAAACCAGUUAAACAAUUAAUCAAAUAUUUUAUACAUGUAAUCUCUACAAGCACCCACAUGCAUGGGACAUAUAUUCAUCCUUAAUAUUAAUGAUUCGUAUAUUGACCUCUUCUCCAAAAUGCUAGUGUAUGUUGAUUUAGUUUUAUUCCUUUUUCUUUGACAAAUAUACAUUCAUAUCUAUAAAUAUAUAUUAUCUGGGUUUUUUAUGGCGGUGUAGAAGGGGCCUCAUAUGAUCCAGUUCAAAGCAAAUAAUGUGGAUUAUCUGAUAUGAUAAUCUGGAUAAUCUGGCAGUGUAGAAGGGACCAAAGUAGUAUUUUGCUUGCCAGCUACAAAGAAAAUUCUGAGAUUGGUGUAACAGAUUGCAUGUAUCAUUCUUCCCAGUAUAGAUUAGGUUGGAAAUGCAGUUCUGAUAAUCACACAUUCCAUAUCAACACUAUUAGGCCCCUUCUACACUGCCAUAAAAUCCAGAUUAUCAAAACAGAUAAUCCACAUUAUCUGCUUGAACUGGAUUAUAUGAGUCUACACUGCCAUAUAAUCCAGUUCAAAACAGAUAAUCUGGAUUUUAUUUGACAGUAUAGAUGAGGCCUUUGUUCUUGCCAUUUAUGCACUGGCAUGGCAACAGUGCCCUGCAUUAGCCAGUCACUAAAGAAAAUUGCUCUUGAUAAUGUAAUUCCCAGUCUGUAUAUAGAACUUUGUCGGCUAUAGACUAUUACAUGUGUAAAUAGGAGAAAAAUUAUUUAUUGGAAAUAUAACUGAUUCUGUGCUAGGUCGGAAUCAAUUUGAUAAAUAAAUUUUUUCAACUAUAGCAUGAACUUUUGUGGCCUUUUGUGUGUGAUGAAUAUCAGAUUUUUAUGCCUUUGAAGUGAAAGCAAGAUGGAAGAUACAAGGUCCAUCAGAGCUCAAAGUAUAGCAAGGAGACAGGAAGAGGACCGUACCUUUGUUGCAUGAAGACAUAUAAAGCUCUAUCUACACUGCAGCAUUUAUGCAGUUUGACAGCACUUUACCUGCCAUGGCUCAAUGUUUUUUUCUUUAUGUAAAUAAAGCUUUUAAUUUCUGUUGGUAGUAUUGAAAUCAGUGUUCCUCUUACAACUGAUGGUGUCUUAAAAUAGAAGAAAUGUGAUACGUAUGACCAUAUAUAUGUGUGUAAUAAAUAAAAUAUCAUAAAGAAAACAUAAUAAAUAAAUACAGGAUGGGCCCAAAAGUCACCAAA